AUGCACGUGCCGAUGGCCGCCGUGAUGCGAGUGUUCCUUCUCAUGGCCCUGGCGGCCACCAUGGUCCUGGCGCUGUGGACUACCCGCGGCUCACUCCGAGCCUCGCGAGGGAGCUUGAGGCUGCGCCCGCGUCCCCUGAUCACGAAGAGCGUGGUGGACGAGCCGAUCCUCUGCAUGGGGCGGACACCUGGCGCCAGGCACCAGCGCCAGCGGGUGGCCCUGCCCUCCCUGCUGGGACUCACGGUGGUGCCGCUCCUGCCCCUGCUGAUAGUGACGGCUCUGCUGCAAAUGGACGGGGUCCGCAUCGAUAUCAACAACAUCAUGGACCAGGCGCAUCGGGACAUGCGCACCACGGUGGUGGGCCUCUUGCAGCCGCAGAUUGCUCGCCUCGACAAUCACAGCAGCGAGAUUCGUCAACUUCAGGAGCGUACUGCGGCUUUUGAGGCGCAGCAAGGUGCUCUUCGUGCUGACAUGGACGAGGUGCAACGCUCGCUGGCGCAGGCACGGGCUGCAGAGUCUGGCGCAGUGGACUUGGCGCGAUUGGCAUCGUACGACAGGCCACCUGACCCGAGCGUCUUCAGGAUCGGCUGUGCCCAGGCUACCGCCGACAGCGAGGUCAAGAAUGGCAUCGCGCAGUGGAUCAGGGAAGCGGGCAUCACCGACGACCAGUUCGCGAUUCACGGUCAGAGCCCUGGCAAAGUUUUCUACCUCCAUCUUCUUGGGGGUGCUCCUGGGGUGGCUCGGGCGAUCAAGCUCGCCCAGCAUCUCCAAUUACCUGGUGGGACCCGGCGGCGGUUCACAGCAGCGGCAGUCAGCGGCGCGACCGACGCGAUGUACAUCAACCCAGACAAGGGUGAACCAUUUUGGCGCGACCUCUUCUCGAGGGGCAUGCUGGAGUUGGAGAGCCCGCUUCCGACGCGCUACAGCCGCGACACCGAGGCGCUGAGCACCAUCGACCGCAUCUUCAUCUUCCUGAGCACGCGUGUCGUCACUGACUGCGACGCCACGCUCGACGUUGUUCACGAAGUUCCUCGGCUGUCUGACUGGGCCCUCUCGGACCGCGCGAUCGCCCGCAUGAAAUUGGCCCCCAAGAGGCCCCCGCCGCAAGACAUGUGCUCCAUCCCGCCGGGCAUCUUCAAGUUCUGUAUCGACGCGGCCCACCUCGACCAGCUGGAGACAGGCCCCAAGUGGGCCAGGCUGAAGGAGCUCAUGCAUCUGGCUGCUGCAAUCACGCGUGAUGAGAUGCAGAAAGGGCUCUUGCCGCAUGCUGGCACAGGGGCGGCGGAGCUGACGUGCAUGGCGCUGCGGGCGAUUGCUCGGACGGUCUGGCGGCAAGACGUGCGCCUCGCUCACCGGCUGCGCGGCUCGUCGCCGUUGGCCGAAAAGUACCUCCAGAUUGGCCCGGACAACCUGGUAUACCUGGCCCACCCGUCGGAGUACCGCGAGCCGGCGAUGCGGACCAACCAGGGGCGCUUCGACGAGAUGGCGCAGCAAGCAGCGAGGUCCGCAGCGAGGCGGCCCCGCCAUGGACAGGGUGAUGAUCACCCCGCUGGCCCCGCGGACGAGGUCAGGCUCCGCCAGACUUCGACGCGGCAGGCGCUAGCGUGGAACCCGGCCAGGCGACGUCUCAUCCUUCACGGCUUGAAGCACAUGCAGGGCGGGAACAUUGAGGUUGAGCGCAACGCGACCGCCAUGGCUGGCUUGAUCAAGCAGCACUGGGGGCCCAUCUUCGCGGAGGCCACGCGUUCUCAGAUGGUGUCCGUCUCCUUCCACAUUUACCACAAGCUGCGGAGCGCUCUGCAGCCACUCUCCGCCGCCACGGCCGCGCAGGGAAGCGGCACCCCCAGUUUUGGCUUCUCCGGGCCGCCCGCCGCGGGCGAGUCCAGGCCCGCGUCGCUGCAGGCGCUCGGCGAGCCGCCGGGGCACCCCGGAGGUGCCGCGGCGCCCGUGGCCGCCGCCGUGGCCGUGGGCCUGCUCGCCUCGGCGGCGCGGCGCCGCAGGGCACCGCGGGGCAGGCGCUCGAGCGCGGUCCCGCGGCAGACGGCCGAGGAGGCCAGCAGUACGGCCGGCGCCAGGGCACGCAGGUUACGGGUCGCUGGGGCUAUCGGACGCGUCGUGCGAGCAGCACGGGCUUCGUUGCCACACGCUGCGCAUCGCGUGCGAGAAGCCGUAAGAAGGAGGGCCGGCGCAACCACGCCUCAGGCUCCCCAGGAGGCGGUAAGUGACGACAACGACGAUUACGAGGAGCUGUACGCUUACUCUUCACGACUGGUCAAGAUCUUCGCUGCUGUGACCUUCGUCCCGUUCCUCUUCUGCCUGAAGAACUUUUUCUUUUACAGCAAGAAGCUCAGUGACUUCAACCUCGAGUAUGGGCCACACCUGGCCACGUCAACCUUGAAGGCGACGUCUAUGAUCCAGUUUGUCAUGAUCGCGCUGACUCUCGCGUGGCGCUGCAAAUACAGAGACUCGAAGAUGGAUCGUCUUUUCGCAUGGCUCUUCGUUCCCGAAGGUAUCUGUCAUAUACUUCUUCAUUAUUUGAAUCACAUCGACUCUUGGGUUGGGAACUUCGCAUUCGGCUAUGCAUUUAGUGCUGGCAUUGCUCUGCCUGGGUUCCUUUCCCUCAUAGCCUGGUGCCCGAAAAACAAGAUGAUCCCAUGGCUAUACAUGAUGUUGUACGUCGUCACGCAGAUUCCCAUUUGCCAUGGAUUGACGUUCAUGGAAGGGCCAGCUAAGAUGCGAUUGAACUACGCCAACUUGAACACCGCAACCAUAACAGGGCCUUUCUUCUAUGGCAUGCUGAAAAGGUGGAGCGACAUCCCAAAGCUUCCAGUUUUCCUGGCGUGUGCGACGAUCACAUACCAGGUCACGAUGGGCAUCAUUGGACCGAUUAACAGUGGAGCAGCCUUGAAGCUGUACGACCCAUCGGUUGUGCUCCAGCACGGAAUCGUGGAUAUCGGAUUUGGAAUAUCGUAUGCGGCUUCCAUCUAUUACGGUCUCUUCAGGCCUGGAGUCGAGUGGAAUGCUAAGCGUUGA